AUGGCGAAACAUCGUGGGGACGUUCCAGUGCCACAAACAGCGCUCAAGGGCUCAUCGUAUUAUCCGGCACAAGACGAAUACGCCGUGGGGAUGCUGACUGAAAGAAAAGGCGAGCCACCCGUGCGCCCUGCGACGGGCGACGGUCAGGCAAACGAACAGAACCCGUCAAUCGCUCGAAGCAUGUCUCGAUAUCGCCGCAAUCGACGUCCUCCCAGUGGAAACGCACCGACUCCUACGCCGGCGAUCCCACAUCCUGCAUACAAUCAGCCCAUGCCCGUGCCUCUACCUGACAAGACCCAGAAAUCAUGGGCAGCGGAUGAAGAACGCGCGCGCGAGAAACAUCGGGAGGAUGCGAUGGCGCAGUUGACCGGUGAGGACCUGCCAUCACGGCCGGUCAGGCGACACGAAAGAUCACAGAAAAACCUGCAGCCAAGACAGACCAGCGAGCCAGCGCCAGCAAAGCAGCUAGCGAGCCAGGUGGACGGACGUCGCCACCAAAGCGGCGCACGUCCCGCCAGCGAUGAACACCGCAAGUCCUUCUUGCAGAAAAUCAAAUUGUCGAAGAGCAAAGAAACGAUGAACGAGCCCCCGCCACGAUAUAUCGGAGUGGGCGGGGGAGGUAUUGUCCCUGGAACAGACGCACCAGUCUCCGCCGUCAACGCUGGGAACCGUCAAGUACUGGUCCAGUAUAGCGAUGUCUCAAAUCAUCUCGUCGUGACGCCAUCCACGCGAGUGACCGACCUGCUGCAGACAGCCUCCCGGGAACUUUCUCCGGAGAUCGACCCUGAAAAGUUCAUUCUCAUCGAGUCCUUCCGCCAAGUCGGAUUAGAACGUUCUCUGCGUCGGUAUGAGCGGGUGCGCGAUGUUAUGAACUCCUGGACGCACGACGCAGAUAAUCGGCUGGUCGUUGUUCCUCCCUCGAGUAUGGAUGCUUUGGCUCAACUUGAUGCGCGACAAGUCCCCGCCGAGAAACCCUCCGAGACCACCGUCUAUCUAUACCAUUCCCAGCGUCCUGGUAAAUGGGACAAGCGUUAUGUGACGCUACGCCCCGACGGCCAGGUGCUCAUUGCGAAAAGAGAAAAUUUGAAAGACUCUGCCAGCAUCUGUCACUUGUCCGAUUUCGACAUCUACUCUCCCAGUGCCCGAGCAAUGGCCAAGGAGAUCAAACCACCCAAGAAGAUCUGUUUCGCGAUCAAGAGCCAGCAAAAAUCGUCCAUGUUUCUCUCUACCGAGAAAUUUGUACAUUUUUUCAGCAGCAAUGAUCGGGCCAUGGCAGAUAAGUGGUAUCGGGUUGUCCAGCGCUGGCGGAGCUGGUACCUUGUCAAUCAGCUGGGAGUCGCCGAAAAGGCAGAAGGCGAGACACAGACAGGCCUGCCCAAGCGGUCUUUGACACAGAAAAGCUCUCGCAACCCGAAGUCGGUCUCCAAUGAGGCACCCUUAGUCGACAUCCUCGCCGAUCCCGAGCCCCUGUUGCCUUUCGGAGCAGGAACCGCAGCUCGAUCCCGGCCAUCCCCUGCGAGGGAUAUCUUUUCUCGCAAAAAGUCGACGCGCGAGCAUGCUCCUCCUCCAUCUGCCUUUCCCAAGGCGUUGGCCCUUGACACCGGCGCCUCAGACGAUGGUCCACUGGUCAAGGGGGUCACGGCGGAGGAAAUUGAUGCGUCUACAUUCUCCCCUACAGGCCUGCUAGGACGAACCUACACCCACCGAAGACAGGUGAUGGAGGAAAGAGAAAAGAGAAACAAGCAGGAUCCCUACGCGGUGCCAGACUUUGUCAACGAGAGCCCCAGCUACUCCCCUUCUGAUCCUGUCCACUACCAAAAUGGCCGCACCGCUACUAUGACUAGCACAGCGCCCCCAAGUGGUGCUCUGAAUCGCAAUAAGCCUGUCAGCCAGAGUCAAAGUCAGAAACAAAAACCCUUAGUUGACUUGACUCCGGUCUUCCAAGAGCCUCCACAGCACACGCGAAAAGGCCGUGGCGUCAAGGUUGAUCCAGGCACCCAAUUGAUCGACGCUGCCACGGGCCCUGACCUGACUCCCGGCAUCGUGAACAUUCCUCCUGCGACAGCCUGGCGCCGUCCCUCUGUAGACGUCUCGCCCCAGACUUCACAGAGUCGGUAUCGUUCGAACACCCUCCGCGGCACACGACACGUUCCAGAGCCCAAAGCCUGCAGCGCCGGCUCUGUGAAUAACAGUCCAUCCUCACCCAACAAUCCAUUUAUAUCCAAUACCUUGCUGUCGCAUUCUGCCUGUCGCCAAGCGACCAGCGUCCCCAGCAAGCCGUAUACCGGUCAUGGUGUGGCAACCGGUGACCGCAAUGCCACCCGUCCAAUGCUGGAUAUGUCCCCUGAGAACCCUUUCGCGGAAGGCAGUCUCUUGCGACCGGUCUGA